AUGGGCCAUCGAGAGCCAACCAUUCUGCAACCACCACGACCGCCCACAGGUCACGUGCGAAACAUCAUAAGGAACCAUGGCCUUCCCACUAGAGCCACACGAUACAAGAUAACUGGGUCAACAAAUGGAGAAGCCAUGAUUAACCCAGGCAUCGUGCGGAAGGCCUCGUCUUACGUCAAGCUGGUCCCCACGAGUCGUUCCACCCUACGACGGCUCGGUUCAUACGACGAGGCAGGGCGCGCGACGGAAGGCGCCGCAGGAACCAGACCAUCGCACGAAUUACCACGAGUUCCCAGUAACCCAGAAGAAAUCGUGGAGGUUCGCAUGAUAGCACCCGACGCAGGGACAAGGACGCCAUGCGACAAGCACGUGAUCACAGGGUAUACCAGCGGGUAUACCAAGAGGUAA